AAGAGUUUACAGCUCAGGAUGUGAAGAGACGUGGUACCAGCAUCUGCUCUGCUCUGUUGAGUACUUAUUUCAUGUAAAAAGGAGGUGUCUUCUUGACAGGAUACUAAAGGAGGAAAUUCCUUCACGAGGAGAGAUGAAGAAAUCUAUAUAUAAUCAGAAUGUGAGUGAUCAGGAGUGUGACGAUAUGGAAGGUGAAGAAAACAGAAAUAAUGCUGGUACCUCUGGCCUAUUGUACAAUGAAGCGGACAGAUGUCCAAUAUGUCUUAGUUGCCUGUUAGGAAAGGAAGUUGGUUUUCCAGAAAGUUGUAAUCAUGUCUUCUGUCUGACUUGUAUUCUUAAGUGGUCAGAGAUACUCGCUUCUUGUCCAAUCGACCGGAAACCUUUUCAGGCCGUGUUUGAACUCAGUGUAUUUGAAGAUUGUGGUAAGAUUCAAGUAAAAAGACAGUUGAGAGAAAUAAAAGACAAGGAAAAUGAAAGGUUUUUAAAGAAACAACUCUCUUAUCAUGAAAGUUCCAAAAGUGAUAAAAGAAAAGGAAACAGCAUCCGAGAAGAUCUAUUGUGUGAAAGAUUUCAUUACUUGCAGGUGUCACAUAGAAACUGUUCAGACAAUAAAAUUGGUGAAAAGAAAAAUACUACAGUAAAGACAAAUAAGGUUCAAAGAUCAAAUCAGUGUAGAGAUCCUUGUAUGGGGAAUUUUGUACUCAGUUUGUUUUCAUGUGGCAGCCACAGUGUGGGCCCUCGAGCCUAUAGAGCUUCCUGUACAGAAUCUGUAGAUGUCAAUGAAAUGAGUUCAUUGAUUAGGCAAAAACGACAGGAAAUGGAGUUGUCCUGGUUUUCUAAUACAUUACCUGGAAGUGGAAGAGUUGAUUUUGUGCCAUGGAGUGUUGAAGCAGAAGUCAUUCCUCUGAUUACCUCUGUGUUGCCAAGGACUAUUUUCCCAGCAAGUACCAUGUCAUUAGACACUUUUGGUACUUAUCAUAAGGGAUAUGCAUUAGCACAUACCCAAGGAGGAGGAGAAAAAAAGCAAACUUCUGGCACAUCAAAUACCAGAGGAUCAAGACGAAAACCUGCAACUACUGUUCCUACAAGGAGGUCCACACGAAACACAAGAGCUGAGACAGUCAGUCAGCCCCAGAAGUCCCCAGUAUCAAAUAAUUCUGAGUGUGAUGCCCCGGGGAAUAGUAAUUCCUCUGUAAGUAUUUCCCCUCCAGCUGAAUCAGAAAAGCAAACAAGACAGGCUCCAAAACGGAAGUCUGUAAGGAGAGGAAGAAAACAACCUUCAUUGAAAAAGAAACUUCGGAAAUCUGUACCUGCCCCUGAAAAAACAACAUCUAGUGAUUCAGUGGAGGAAGAAACUUUGGCAGACUCUGACACACCACCCAUGUUGGAGAAAGAGCAACAGUCAGGUAUAGAAAGUAGUAGCAUUUCUUCUGUUCAAACAGAUGGAGAAAAUCAUUUGGUUAAUUGCUUGAAAAGUUGCAGUGAACAAACAGAAGAAAAUGAACAAACCAAGAAGCAUGUGCUAGAUGAAGAAGUAGAAUUUUUAUAUUCUGAACCUUACACUCAAGAUCCUCCUAUGCUUGUUGGAGAGGAUACAGGUAUAGAGACUAAGGAGUUAGGUGUGGAGCAUGAGGUUUCUACAGAUACUUCUGUAAAGGGAAGUGACCCAUUAGGAAAUGAAGAGCAGACAUCUGGAAGUACAGAGUCAGAGGUACAGGCACUUGUGUGUGCAGAGAGCCCCCCUGAUGAUUUUCUCCCGUGUCCAGCUUCUGACAUUGAAGGACCUCAACCAGUGUCUAGUCCCCUGGGUGAAAGAUCUGAAAAUAUAGGGUCAGUGAUCAAUGAUGAAACAAUAGAGGAGGAUCUCACAGUAGAAAGUACUGAUGGGAAAGAUUCGCCAGUAAACAUAGAAGCAUUUGAAGAGAGCCUCAAAUUGGAAUCUUGUGAGGGUGAAAUCACACACACAUUGGACAGGCACUGUGUUGCCAGCUUAGUCACUGAGUUGCCUGAGCAUGUUCAGACUGUAAAUACAGAAAUAAUGCCAACACACGAUACUUCAGACAAUGAAAAUUCCGGUGCUAUUCAAGAUUGUGAAGACAAUUUAUUAAAGCAUAAUCUUGACAACACCCAACUGGACAAAUCUUCAGAAGAAAAGAAAGAGUCUCUGAGUGAGCAUCCCCUACCUAUAGAGUUUUCUGAUACACAGACUGAACAGAGUGAGAAACACUUUAGUGAAGAUAACAAUGAAACAGUACCUAUGGAGUGCGACUCAUUUUGUAGUGACCAGAAUGAGUCUGAAAUGGAAUCAUCUGUAAACACUGACUCCAAACAGUCCAGUGAAAAUUCUGUGACACACAGUUCUGAAAACAAGCUCUCUUUUGAUCAUCCUGCAGUUGAGAAGGUUGAAACUGUAGCUCAACCAGCUGAAAGCCUACUGGACAAAGCCCCAAAGCCUCGUACUCGAAGAUCUAGAUUUCAUUCUCCAUCUACAACUUGGUCUCCUAACAAAGACACUGCACAAGAAAAGAGGCGGGCUCAGUCUCCAUCUCCUAAGAGAGAGACUGCAUUAGAAAGCAAGGAUUCUCAGUCACCAUCCCCCAAGAGAGAGUCUGCUAGAGGACGGAGAAAAUCUCGUUCUCUUUCACCAAAAAAAGAUGUGGCCAGAGAAGGGAGGCCGUUUCGGUCUCCAAAGAGAGAGGAUGCUAAGGAAGCCAAAAGAUCGGAGUCCAUAUCCCCUAGACGCGAUGCUCCUAGAGAGAACCAGAGAUCUCAAUCCAGAGUGAAAGACUCUUCCUCAAGAGAACAGUCUAGGUCCCGGAGCAGAGAAAGAGAGAGCGAGAGAGAUGGCCAGAGGAGAGAUCGAGACAGAGAAAGGAGAGUCAGAAGAUGGUCAAGGUCCAGGUCUCGCUCUCGAUCACCAUCAAGAUUGAGAACAAAAAGUAAGAGUUCAUCAUUUGGUAGAAAUGAAAGAGAUAGUUACUCUCCUCGGUGGAAGGAAAGGUGGACAAAUGAUGGCUGGAGGUGUCCUCGAGGUAAUGACCGGUACCGAAGAAAUGACUCAGAGAAACAGAACGAAAAUACAAGAAAAGAAAAAAAUGACAUUUCUGAUACUAAUGAUCCAAAUUCCACAGAUAAGCAUAGGAAUGACUGUCCCACUUGGGUAACGGAAAAAAUAAACUCUGGGCCAGAUCCAAGGACCAGAAAUCCUGAAAAGUUAAAAGAUUCCCACUGGGAAGAAAAUAGAAAUGAAAAUUCAGGGAAUUCUUGGAGUAAAAACUUUGGUGGCUCUGGCUGGAUCUCCAACCGUGGUCGAGGUGGCCGAGGGAAAGGCACUUACAGAGGUAAUUUUGCCUACACCGAACAGAGCGAGAACAGGUGGCAAAGCCGUACACCCCUUUCAGGGAGUGACUCCUUCAAGUCUGUGGAGCAGCAACCCUCUAAGCGAAAAAGUGAGCAAGACCUCUCUUUCGGUACGCCUGCAGACAGGUCAGGAUGGACAUCUGCCUCCAGUUGGGCGGUAAGAAAGACUCUGCCAGCAGAUGUACAGAACUAUUACUCUCGGCGUGGGAGGAACUCUUCAGGUCCACAGUCUGGGUGGAUGAGACAAGAAGAGGAAGCACCUGAACAGGACUGUAACUUAAAAGACCAAACAAACCAAGUUGAUGGUUCUCAGCUACCUGUAAAUAUGAUGCAGCAACACAUGAACGUAAUUCAACCCCCAAUGAACCCACAGCAUCAGCCUAUGAGCAUCUUCCCAUACCCAGUGGGUGUGCAUGCUCCUUUGAUGAAUAUGCAGCGUAACCCAUUCACCAUGCACCCUCAGCUGCCCAUGCAUCUCCACACAGGAGUGCCUCUCAUGCAGGUAGCUGCCCCUGCCAGUGUACCUCAGGGACUGCCACCACCACCCCCUCCCCCACCAUCCCAGCAGGUCAGCUACAUCGCUUCUCAACCAGAUGGGAAACAAGUGCAGGGCCUUCCAAGUGCUUGUCAUGUAAGUAAUAACAUGACUACACAAGUCUUACCUGCUCCAGCAGCAGCCCCAGGAAACACAGGAUCAGUUCAGGGACCAAGUUCUGGUAAUACUUCAUCAUCAAGUCACGUCCAAGCCUCUAAUGCUGCUGUAAAAUUGGCAGAAAGCAAAGUAAGUGUUCCAGUGGAAGCCAGCGCAGAUAGCUCGAAGACAGACAAGAAAUUGCAAAUUCAAGAAAAAGCAGCACAGGAAGUAAAAUUGGCUAUUAAGCCAUUUUACCAAAAUAAAGACAUCACCAAGGAAGAGUACAAAGAGAUUGUACGGAAAGCAGUGGACAAAGUUUGUCAUAGUAAGAGUGGAGAAGUCAAUUCUACUAAAGUGGCAAAUCUGGUUAAAGCCUAUGUAGACAAGUAUAAAUAUUCUCGGAAGGGGAGCCAGAAGAAAGCUUUGGAAGAACCCGUGUCUACCGAGAAAAACAUAGGCUGACAUGCAUGGAGAGUGCUUGCUGUACAGGACUCUGUCAAGAUGUCUGCAAAGUGCAAUUCAACGUAUACCCUUACUGAAAAAUCAGACAACUGUGAUCGAAAUCUGAUUUUGAUAAAAUUAUUUUUUUUAUUGUAGGAUAUAAUGUUUUGUUCUAAAUAUAGCUGUGCACUGCAACUUCUAUAUCUAACCCCCACCCUCAAUAAAACAAAUUCAAGGGAAAAUCAAGGGUGUAAUGGAAUGUGCGUUUUUAUCAGGAAUGUGUUCUAGUGUGGAUACUAGAAGAUGGACAGCUUCUUAAGUGGGGAUGCGCUGGUGUCAGAAGACAUAUCUCUAUCUCUAUAUAUAAUACAUUAUUCUGUCAGGCUGAAAAGUCAAGUAGGGCCUUUAUGACCUUCCCCGUCUAACUGUAGAAAUUUAAACAUGUAUUGCCACUAAUAUUUCAGAUAUUAAUAGAACAUAUCAAUUACAGGUCCCUCCCUGAUGUACUUUUGAAGCACAUAUCUGAGUAAUUGCUUAGAAAGAAAGCAAAUCAUCAUGAGUAAGACUUAGCUUCACACAUGCAGGUGCUCUUCACCUGCUAUCAACAGAUCAAGGGCACACUGUGUGUAUUGCUUUUGUUCCUGUCUCUCCCCACCUAGAAAAAAACAACAGCAGUUUCAUUUGCUAGAUUACAAGUUUGCCAGAUCAAAGCUUUGUUGAGUUUAGACGACCAAUUAGGGAGAAAGCUAGCUUUUUAAAAACUAUGUUCUUUCAUUAUACCUUCUAUCUCUCAGUUAUGGCAAAUUAUUUGUGCCAAGUGGAGAAUUGCUACUAGGUAGCGACUUUCCUUUUAUUAGGACUAAGAAUACCUACUCUACUGGCUUCAGGUUGUUGGUGAACUGUCGGGUCAUGAUGAAGUUCUCACACUGCAGAAGUUCCCGAAUGCUUACAGUGAAGGGAGUGUUAAUUUGGUGAUUGGUAGCCAUGCUGCAGAAUUCUAGGUCUUCUAACAUGUGUCUGACAGAAGGAGAGAGAAGUUAAAUAAUGAUGUUUUUGCUUAGGUUAUCAGGGACUAGAGUUUGUUUGCUUUUUUAAGCAUUGAGAUAUGUUAAUGUUUAUGAAAGGUGAGUUCAGAGUGCCCUGGCACUGUUCUUUUCAUCGGCAUCUAGAAAAGUGAAUUCUGUGAUAAAUUUAGAUUCUAGAUACAAUUUUCAGGAUAUUAAAUAGUUGAACAGAUACCGAAUGAUAAUGGAUCCAAGUUGAGCACACUCGGUGAGGCCUCCCGCUCCCUCACUCACAGGAGUUGCUCUGUGAGGCUAGUUUUGAUAGGCAGAAUAAUUCAGAGAUUUUGAUCCCAGAGUGAUUACACUAGUGGGUAAUAAGCUUUGUUAGGUUAUGAUUACAGUCCUAAAAUACUUCCAAACAGUUUCUUGAUCUUUAUGUCUACAUUUCUGGGCAUUUAUGAUGCAAUAUGGUCUCGAAGUCAGAGAUCCGCCCACCUCUGCCUCCCAAGUGCUGGAAUUAAAGGCUUGUGCCACUACCGCUUGGCUAUGAUGCAGUAUUUUACAGGCAUUUUUAAUUAGCUUGUGUUUAGAUUUUGAUGGCAGAAGUUUGGAUAUAGUUUCAAGGACCAGUGGCACACCUUCUUCAUUUCAGUUCAGGAUCCCACAGACAGUGGUGUGGGAUUCUCGUCCUCCACUGACAUUUGUGACAGAUUGCUGUUUGUGUGCUGACUAAUGAUGCAUCAUGUUCUCUCCCUGCAUUGUUUUCACUGACACCUGGGAAGUAAAUGGCAUUUUAAAGUUGGUUUUAUAUAAUUUAUCUUUCUCCAACAAGUUUGUAAGUUAAGCAGAAAAAAGGUGAUAGGGUGAAAUGUUUAGGUCUUAUAUCUUUGGGAGAACGCCACUAUUCUUGAAAUUAACGGGUGUGUGUUCCAUAUCUGAAAGGACGCUGGUAAGAGCAGUUCAGAAUAGUUAAUGAUUGUUAGCUAUUCUAGUAUAUUCUAAUAUGAGAAUAUAUUCUAACUGGAUUAAUAUAUGAACUUUUAAAGAAAGAGUUAGAAUAUGCAUGCUUUGUGUUAAGAAAUAGCAUUGCUUUUACAUCCUUGGUUUUUCUUUUUUUCCUAAAUUCACAUUGGUUUUGCAUGUGUAUAAACUUAUCAGUUUGUGGAGUUGCAGGUUCUCUUGAUCAUGACUCAGUAUUGACUUGACUUUGGAACCUUGGGCCCUUUAACUUGAUAGUCACAUUGAUCCAUGUUUCUGGCUGUAAAAAUGCCCAGUAGUAGUUACUCAUUAUUUUAACAUUCCAAAAAUUUCAUAUCUGUUUGUUGCUGUUCUGGUAACAACCACCACAUCAUCUCCAUUAUCUGCCUUUAAGUGGCCAUGGUGUGCACUGCUGACUGUUCAUGCAAAGAAAUGUGGCCUCAGAAGCAUAGUGGCUGCCCUGAGUCUUGACCUUGCAGUAUGAGUUGCAGUGCUGUGUGCUGAAACAACACUCUAAAGCCAGAUUGUGGUCUGUAAUAUAUCCUAAUAAAUUCUUUUGCUAAACAAAGUAGUGUCUUUAAAAUUUUAUUAAGUUUUCUGGGAAAUGAUGACUUUUAUAUCAUUUAAACCAUUUCCAAAUGUGUUGAAUUAUUUCUUGGAAAUUUACCAAAGUAAUGAGCAUCAUGAUUACAUUAACAUCCAGGCAAUAAAAAAAGGUCAGAGUUAGCUAUAAGCAUAUAUUUUAAUAGUAGUUUUCCUAAUUAUAUAAUUACUUUUAGGAAAUUUAAAACAUUUAGUGAUUUCUAAAGAUAGAAGAGACUGGGAAACAAGGAAAAGUAUCUGUAAUUCUACCAAAGUUAACUUCUUGAAUUUCAAGGCUGGCUGCAAUGGACAUUGCUAUGUUAUAACCUAUUCUUUUCAAUUCAUGUAUUGAGAAUAUUCCAUUUUAAUAAAAAUUAAUUUGACAGCAUGA